AUGUCAAAAGGUGAAGUACCUUUCAAGAUCCCUGCCUAUCUUGAAGAUAGCAUCGAGGAUGGAAAUCAUUCUUCGGCUGUUAGUAGCUUCACACGACCAGCACUUACUCUUCAGAUGCCUAGCAAGGACAAGUCGACCAUCUCGCCUGCUAAAGACAUUCAGAAGCACCCCAGUCCGGGAAUUAGUCCUACGACUGCACGCCCGCAAAGUAGCUUGAGUCGCAUGAGCAGCCGUAGAAGCUAUGGUCCUAACUUCCAUCUGCCAAGUGAACCUGUUUCUUUCGACAGACCAUCUACAGCUACAAUGGACGAAGAGGACGAAAACUCGGACUCAGACGAUGGUCUGUUUGCUAGACCAUUGACAAAGAAAGACUCGAACGAGAGUCUUUUCGCCAUUCCAUUGGCGAACAAAGUCAAAGGGAAGCAAUCAAAGACUUCUCUGAUACAGGAUCAGGCCGAAAGCUCUACCUCACAGCAAGAGCAAGUCAUCAAAACCAAGGCCUCUCAACAGAACAUGAGAUUUACCGCGUCUCCCGAUCCUCUGGAUGAGAGCGAAAAACCACAUCCAGAGUCUGCAGUAUCUGCAGCUUGGUCAACAGAAUCUCCUGAAGAUAGUGCUAGGUUUGGUCGUCGUGAGAGUUUCGCCAGUGAUCUAUGGGCCAACCGUCCUCCUCCCGAGGCCCUCGUGGAACACCUUGAUGAGUUCUUCCCGAACGUUGAUCUCGAUCAGCCAAUGAUCGAGGAGGAGGGUCAGGAAGGUCAAGCUAGUACCCCAAGCGAGACGCCGAGCGUCCAACCCUCGCAGACAUCCUUAGUGCCCACUGUGGAGCCCAAGGCAGAACAGAGCUUCGUGCCGGUACCCGAUCUUGAAGCUGACAACGGAACACUUGGUAGUGACGAGUCAACUCUUAAGGAAGAUUCUACGCUCAAGAGAGGACACAACAUGCCUUCGGUCGCUCAGAGGAACCUUAGAAAGUCUGGUGGCCUGGGCAGAACCAAAAGCAUUCGUGAAGUCGUGAAAGGCGCGUAUCAGUUGCCUGCUCAGAAGUCGCCAAGCCCGUCAAUCACUUCCUUCUCAUCAAGUCGUGCUCCUAGCGCACAGAUGAAUCGUAGCGCUCUGAACCGCAUGAGUACGCUCAAGUACGGCGGCGAUAUCGUCCGACGUAAGAGCACGAAGAUGUUUGGCGCUCGUAUUGAGCAGAUCAAACCUCCUCGUGGUAGCCGCCUCAUACAGCUGGAAACCAUUCCUCAGGAUACUUUUGCGCUUCAACAUCCCCAACGGCAGCCAACAUUCAAGUGGAUGAAGGGUCAAUUGAUCGGCAAAGGUACCUUUGGCCGUGUGUACUUGGGCAUGAACACCACCACUGGUGAGCUCUUGGCAGUAAAGCAGGUCGAAGUGAAUCCCAAGACCUCGAAUGCGGAUCCCCAGAAAAUUCGCGAAAUGGUCAAGGCCUUGGACUCUGAGAUCGACACCAUGCAACACUUGGAUCACAUGAACAUCGUUCAGUAUCUCGGAUGCGAACGCAAAGAAUACUCAAUCAGUAUCUUCCUCGAGUACAUUUCUGGUGGUAGUAUUGGCAGCUGCUUACGCAAACACGGCAAGUUCGAAGAAUCAGUUGUCAGUAGUUUAACUCGACAGACCCUUGACGGGUUGGCAUAUCUUCAUCGCGAAGGUAUCCUCCAUCGCGAUCUCAAAGCUGACAAUAUCCUUCUCGACCUUGAUGGUACCUGCAAGAUCUCAGACUUCGGAAUCUCCAAGCGCAGUCCGAACCCAUACAACAACGACAUCACCAACAGCAUGCAAGGCAGUGUCUUCUGGAUGGCACCCGAAGUUAUCCGCGCGCAGUCUCAAAGUAGCACCUCAAGCGGUUCUAGCGAAUCUCAAGGUUAUAGCGCAAAGGUCGAUAUCUGGUCGCUAGGCUGCGUGGUUCUGGAGAUGUUCGCUGGCCGUCGUCCUUGGAGCAAGGAAGAAGCCAUUGGUGCAAUCUUCAAGCUCGGCAGUCUUAACCAAGCUCCACCUAUCCCUGAGGAUGUCAGCAGUGUUGUCGGACCUGCGGCUUUGAGCUUCAUGUAUGACUGCUUCACUAUCGACCCUGCCGAUCGCCCUACAGCUGAAACCUUGCUUCGCGCACCUUUCUGUUUCCACGACCUCCACUACAAUUUCUUCGACACAGAACUAUAUGCCAAGAUUCAAGGAGCAUUUGGUCCGUAG